AUGAAACGCGAGGAGGGGGAAGGUCAUGAAGGAGGUGAAGGACUGGAAGUGAGUGGGAAAGCGGAAAUGAGAGCAGGGAAAAGGCUGAGAGAUGAACUAUCCCUUAUGUACCUGAAUAAAGCACGACGCUGUAUCAGUAUUAGUGGACAAAGGUUUGAUGUGGCAGUACAGAAAAUUCAGCUGACUGAUGCGGGAUGUUGCGUGCGAAUCGUCCCCUUCCCCCCACCCCCUCUCCCGACCUUGGAUCUUGCCGCUGCCGCCGACGUCCCCGCCGCCUCCGCAAAUAUUGCCCGACAAACGGCCGUCACCACUCGCGCCGUUCCCAUUGCCUCCGCUGCCGCUCCCACAGUCUUCGCCACCAUCACCAUCCUUACCUUUUCAACCGUCCCCUCCCCUAACCGACCCCACUCCCGCGCCCUCCCUAACGCCAUCACCCUCAACAUCCCCACUGGCCUCACUAUCCUCACCGCCCUCACACCCUUACCUUCACCACCGUCCUUACCGACUGCACUGACCGCGCCGUUCCCACCGCCCUCGCCUCCUUCACCAUCCCCAGCGUCACUGGAGCCACCACUCCCCUCACUGCCCACACCGUCCCCAUCGACCCCACCGACCCCGCUCCCCACCGCUCGUCGGCACCGCUUGCCCCGCCCCUGCCUGCCCUCCGCAGUCGGCAUACCGUCGCCACCAUUCGUCGCGCUGCAUUUGUCAGCACCCGACAGGUUCAUCUGCUGCUCCCAACGCGCUCGCCCAACGUCGAAGCGCCGGCAACAGACCAGCCGGAGGGCCCGAGGCUUGCCUGAGGUGUGCAGCUCAGGACAAGUCCAUUCUCGUCAAGCGGUGCUCACUGGUAUGAAUAAACAACACGUCACAUCCUCCUUACUAAUUUAUUUGGGCUGUAUUCAAUCUGCAUUGAAAAAAUUACAUUUCUUUUGUUUCAAGUACGUGUUAAUAUUCAGUAAUGAAUGUAAGUCUAUGAUUGGAAAACAUGUAAGCUCGUAUAAAGGCAUAGAACAGAAAAAGAGCAAAUAUGAACAGUACGAACUCUUUCUCCUCAAUUUGAGUGGCAUGAUAUCAAACAAAAUUUUAUGA